GUUUGUCAAUGUCAUUUACGUCAUUCAAAAGUGUUUUCCAGAAAAUAGAAAAUGUUAUGGCGGGAUUGUGACAAUAUUGUGUUCUUUUGUGUUAUUUAAAAAGUGAUCAGUAUAUAUUUAUUGUUCUAUGUUGUUUUAUUAUAUAAUACAUAAUGAAUUACGAGGAUUAUUACCAAUCUAAUGUGAAUGUGAGUCCUUGGGAAAACUCCAAUUACGUUUCGAAUUUAAACAGCCAUGAUUCGUUGCAAAAUGAUUAUCCAAAAACAAGUAAGGUAUAUGUAAAUCCAAACUUCCAUCGGAACGUUGGUCAAACUAAAACAAUUCAUAUAAAUCCACGUAUUGCAAUGAUCUGUGAUAGCUACCAUAUGCAAAAUAAGUCUAGUCAAGCAAAUUGUAAUAAUGUGCCAAGAAACACGAAAAUCCAUAUUAAUCCAAAAAUGGCAAAUAUAAAAUUGCCUCAAAAUGUUCAUAUAAAUCCUAAUUUUAAAUGUGUUGUUCCCAGUCCAAAUAUAUCUAAUGCAUUUGAUAAUGUGAAUAAAAGUGAAGAGGAAAGUUUGUCAUUAUCAACCAAGACUUCCAGUUUUAAAAAUAACGAGUUAGUACCGGUAGCUGAACAAAGUAAAGUAAUAAAGAGAAGAAAUUCUGUAAAAUCAAAAUUUAAAAUUGUCAAAAGCAAUUGCCAAUCUCCAUAUAAACACAUCAAAGAUAAUUCUUCAAAGUAUAAAGUUGAUCAUAGGAGGCGGAAAUCUAUAACAAUAGAGUUGAAAAAUGAGAAAAAAUACAUUAAGAUGAACGUUAAAAGAACUACGAAGAGUAAUCCAAUCAGAUUAUCUCAAAAACAUCUAAGUUUAGUUAAAAUAAAUGGUAUUAUGUAUAAGAAAUCUCCAAAUUCAUUAAGGACACUUAACACUCCAGUGAAGAAGAAAUCUAUUUGGAAUAAAAAGGAAAAGUAUGAGUUACUUAAAAAAUCUGAUCCAAGAAUUGAACAGAAAGAUGUAAAAACAGAUAAUAAGACCACAUGUCAACCUAUCAGGAAAAGUCAAUUAGAUACUAUUUCUAGAUUUAAAGUGGAUCACAGAAAAAGAAAAUCGAUAGAUAUAGAACCGAGAGAUAGAAGAAAAUACAUUUUCAAAAAUAAACUUCUUUGCUUGACCGAUUUGUUAAAAGGUAGCAUUGUUAAAAAAACACCAAGCAAAACCUCACAAAAAAGUUUAAGUAUAGUGAGAAUAAAUAAUGUUAUGUAUAAGAAAUCCAAGAACUCGUUAAGGAGGGCAUAUGUCUCAAGUACACCAACAAAGAAAGUUUCUCCUGAAAUUACAAAGUCUAAAUACAAGCUAGUGAAGAGAAGCAAAGAUGUAGAGUCAGUGAAUAGAAAUAUCAUCAAGAUAAGAAAGAUGCUGAGUCCAUUAAAAAUUGGAUCAGUCAAGUUAUUCUCUAAGAAACUGAAGAUAUGUAACAUUCCUUGCCCAUACUACAGAAAAUAUGGAGUUUGUAGAGGAAAGGAAAAUGGAAAAUGCUUUAGAAAACAUGAUCCCGAUCAAAUAGCUUUAUGCACUAAGUUUUUACAAGGGGCCUGCAUAAAAGAGAAAUGCUUACUAUCCCACAAGGUAUCUCCAGAAAAGAUGCCUACAUGUAAAUUCUUUUUAGAAGGCUCCUGUAUUAAAGAAACCUGCUCCUACCUUCAUGUCAAGUUAAAUAAAAACGCAGAUAUUUGCCGUGAUUUCUUGGAAGGUUUUUGUAGAAAAGCUGCCGAAUGUGACAGAAGACACCAAUAUUUAUGUCCGGAAUAUGAAAAACAUGGAAAAUGUACCAAGCAAAGAUGUCCCUAUCCUCAUGGAAAGAUGGUAAGAAGUUAUUUAAUUCAUAAAAGUAAAUUUGCCAAGAACUAUUCCGAUAAGAACAAAGUAGAUCAAACUGAACAGAGAAAAGUUGUAAAUGAAAAAUUAGACAAAAUUGACGAGAGACUAAGAUACUAUAAAAACGAUAAAGCAGAAUAUGAAAUCGAGCAAGAAAAUGGAAGUAAAAAUCUUGAAUUACUGGCUAGGCCUAAACUAGGCAGUCUGCCAGCUUUUAUACCUUUUACUGAAUAGCGGCAAUACUUUUAUGAGAAUAUUUCUUGGCAGGGUAUAAUUUAUUACAGAACAUAUUUUGUAAUUUAAAUGUAAUAAAAAAAUAUAUAAUAUACUAUUUUGAAAAUAAAAUGUUAAAAAA